CUGAUGCCGAUCCCGUGACCGAGAAGGGGCCGUCCAAGGGCUCCGCGGCGGAGCGUGCGGCGAACCGACCGUCGAGGAAGAAGAAGGUUGCCUUUCGGCCGCGUGGGGAUCCUUCGGUGGUCCCGACGACUCCGAUGGAGGGCGGUUGGGCCCACGACUACCUUUUCCCGUCUUCGACGAGCCCUGAGGACCUUGUCCAGCUGGAGGAGGCGGGAUAUUUCCCCAAGGGGGAUGGUAUCUUACCUGACGGGGAGGAGUUCAAGCUCGACCACGAGCGGCGUCCAGGGUGCAUCAUGGUGUUUUUGGCUUGGUUCCAUGCCGGCUUGUGUGUGCCCGUUCAUCCCUUCCUGAUGGAGUUCUUGGAGGCGUAUGGCAUCGAGGUAGCCCAGCUUCACCCUUCGGCGAUCGUGAAGCUGAACGUGUUCCGCUGGCUGUGCGAGACGGUGCUUCACGAGGAGCCCUCGAUGAAGCUGCUGCUGUUCUACUUCACCGUGGAGGUGAGGGAGUCGCUCACUCCCGACGGCUUUACCUUGAGCGCCUUUGGUUCGGUGAACCUGAGGCUUCGUCCCGGCUUUGGAGACGACUUUCUGCUCAUGCCGGGAAGGAGCACGGCGAAGCUGUUUGACAAGUGGGGGUCCCAAUGGUUUUUCCUUUGGGCUUCGAAGACGCGACUUCGACACUCGAGUGAUCUUCCUCGAUAUUCGGGGGUUGGAGGCCUCAGGGAGGUUCCUCACCCUGGCGAGCUUCAAUCGACCGACCAUUGGAAGGUGACCAAGAUUAAGGAAGUGUCUGCCGAGAGGAGCUUUCGUGACCUCAUGGAGGAGAUGGUGAUGGCGGGGCGUUUCAUGAUGAGGAGUCGUCCGAGGUCCGAGCUUGAGAUUCCUCGGGCUUUCCGUCCUCCACAAGCCGUUACCACACCGACGUUUUCCGAGGAGAGGGUGGCGCUGUGGGCUGCGCAGCUGAUAGGUCCAUACGGCGGGCCGGAGCAUCAUGGCUACAAGACCAAGAUCAGCGGCGGGGGAUGUCACAACAUCAUCGCGAAGUGUUUCGGGAAGAUGGUGCCAAUGCGACAGGAUCCGAAAUUCGGGCGCCUCCUUCGAAUGGGCGAUCGGUACUCCCGCUUGGCGACACCGUCGAUGCUGGCAGUGGGGUUCAAGUUGCGGGACACCUACGGGAAGCUGAAGACGGGGAUAGUGGUGCUGGGCCUGGCGGUGCCUGUUGCACCAGUCCCCAAGGUACCUCGUCCGUCGAGCGGAUGCAAGAGGAAGGCUCCUCCGACUCCUUCUCCUUCUUACGACAACGCCCCGGCGGAUUCGGCGGAUCCCGUCGUGGGUGAGUCGAGGUCCCCUUUGAGGGUGACCUUGGACCUGCACAUGAAGGGGAAGAUUGGACUUGAGCACGUGCUUCCUCCUUCGAGCCGUGAGGUUGAGGCCUUCACUCGCUAGAUAAGGCUUCGGCUGCGGAGCGACUCGGUGGUGGAGUUGUCGACCGGUGCCAGCAGUGCGGGCGUCCCGGUGUUUUCCAUUGGUCGUGAGCGUCCUGAGGAGGAUGCUCCUACCUCGGGUGCGAGGGUCAUGGCUCCCGAGGUUUCUAAGGGCGAGCCCCUGACUCAAGCGAGGGGCGGAGAGCUUCCGACGACCGAGGAUGGGGUGAGAGACCCUCUCGUGACACUGGAGCUGUGAGGGGUUUGGUCGAGGCCGUGGGCGCCCUUCCUGCCCUCAAGACUCA